CGGUGAGCACGCGCGGGCGCUGGCCCUACCUGUGGGUCGCCACCAUCCUCCACGGCCUGGUCAUCGAGUCCCUCUCUUACUUCCUGCCCGACGUCGACAACUUCUGGCACUCGCAGACGCCACUCAUAUUCCUGGGCCGACGCCUUCCACUGCACAUCGCCUUCCUAUACGCCGUGUUCUACUACCACGCCUCUGUGGCCGUCGCCAAGCUGCGGCUGCCCCGCUGGGCCGAGCCGUUCGCCGUCGGGCUGACCGUGGUGCUCAUCGACCUGCCGUACGACAUCACGAGCGUCAAGUUCGUGCACUGGACAUGGCACGACACGGACCCCAACAUCGCGGACCGCCACUACUGGGUGCCGUGGAACUCGUACUACUUCCACGCCACCUUCGCCGCCGGCUUCACCUGGUGGUUCCACGUCCUCCGCGACCAGCGCUGGCAGAGCACCGGUGUGGGCAAGAACCUCUUGAACAUGGUGCUGGCCUCUCUCCUGGGGACGCCCACGGGCAUCCUGUUCUUCACCGCGCUGUACCACCCGAUGCACGACCUGUACAAGGUGCACAGCGAGGUCACCUUCUUCGUCGUGUUCGCCGUGUUCCUGGCCCUGGCCUGGGCGGGCAGCUACGCCGCCGAGGCCAGGUCGCCGUCGUCAUCAGCGUCCCCGACGGCUGAGCGGCCGUCCUGGUGCACCUGGCUGCUGCUGCUGCAUCUCGUGCUGCACUACGCGCUGUGGCUGGGCAUGACGAUCGUCGGCAACCCCGAGAAGGAGGUGUCGACCGGGCUGCACGAGAGGAUCGGCAAGUGCGGCAUCAAGGUCCCCCUGCAGACGGCCUCCGGACUGGUGCUGGAGAAGAGCAAGUACCUCUGCAAGACCGACUACGACGAGAAGUACUUCGACUUCCACUGCCUUCCCGGGGGGAAGCCCCCCAAGGACGGCGCGCACUGGUACACCAUCUGCGGCACGCCCUUCGAGAACCGAGCCGAGUACGUGCUCAUCAUGUCCGCCAUCGCCGUCCUCGCUGCCAUCGUGUUCUACACGAUGCACUUCAAGGCCGGGCCCGACAGCGCGCUCAACCCCAAGCCGACGGCGGCCGCCCGCAAGCUCAAGACCAAGUAGACUGAUUUAUAUGGACUGAUCUCAAAAAACUAACUGAAACCUUCCCCCUGUCGUGAUAACAAUAAAGGGGACACUUCUAGUCUGUCUGAACAGUA